AUGGCUACACGUUCCCGACCGAAUCAAUCGCCACUGCAACUGUGCUCCGAUUUAUCCAGUAGUCCAUACAAGUGCAUUCCUCUCCUGAAUUCCACAUGCACACCGACGGUUAACAUAGGUGAAUUUACGCUUUAUUCGUUAAUACCUGCUGCUCUUAUCGUGGUAGUUCUAUCUUUUACUAUACAAAGAGUAAAACGGAGGCAUUACUGCAAUGGCUAUCCCGGUCUAGUACAUCCCAUCGAUUUUCUGAGAUACGAUCGAAAUCGCUUUGCUCAUGCUGCCGCUUUUGGCGCUACAGCUGGAGGGUGUUUACAAAUAUUUGAAAAAAAAUUUUAUAUCUUCGGUAUUAGCGCUAGUUCUUCCAGCUGGCUGAUGAAAUUUAAAUAUCCAACCAGGAUUUUGGCAACAUUCUUGGUCGCUCAAAUCGCUGUCUAUAAGAUUGCAUUUGUGUAUGGGUUUGUUGGAUUUGAAAGUUUCCGCAUCUUGAAGGGUGUUUUCUACGUAGGUGAAUACUUAAAGCUAGCGAAUGUUCAUAACCCAAAACAGAAUGCUUCGCUAAGUGAAACUCAUAGACUUUUCACUUUGAUAACGCAAGGUAUCGCGGUAUUACAAGUUUCGUGGACAGUUGCGACUAUCUCAUCAUGUUUACUGAUUCUAUUCUACUCACUGCACAUGAUAUCAUGUAUACGUAAGCAUUUGCUAAGACUUUAUUGUGGGUCAACAUCUUUCCUGCCUCAGAAAAAAUUUAGUCCUACUUUGACAAUGGCACACAGUUUGAGAUAUUCCGGCUAUCAAAUUGGGUAUAUAUUAUGGGGUUUUAUUAUCUCUCAAGUCUUCCUGUUCGUGAUAGCUGUUUUGGUAGCUUACUUCAUAGUACUCCCUAUCAUGGGUGAAAUACCUCCUGUAUUACUAAACUUUCUCGUCAGCAUAUGGCCGUCCAUUGCUUUCUCGGCUGCCGCAUACUUCAUACAGUAUCUGCUAUCUAGAUAUUGUUUGUUGAAGAAUAGAGGGAAGGAUGGUCUGGUUGUUGAUAAUAGGCGACUACUCAGUAAUGCAGCAUAUUUCUUAUUCUUCUAUAAUAUCAUCCUCGGGUUAUUUUCUGCCUUGUUUCGUUUGUUGGAAUCAUUGGUUCUUGGUGUACUUUUUAUUUCUCGCUUGGACAAGAGUUUGUUAAUACGCGGUUAUGAGAGUUGGGAUAGCGGCUAUAAUGCUUACUUGGGCUUUCUUCAUGUAGAAUAUCACUACAAUCAUCCUGGAGCGGCUGUUUUUUGCCAACUAUUAAUUGACAGUAUAAAAGAUGAUUCAAGUGUAAAUAGCCGUAAUUCCAUUAAUACUUAUGUCGAAGAAGACAAAACCAUUACGCAAUCAAAGUUUAAACGUAUCGAUCCCUCCGGUAGGAUCUCUCUUCAUUCUAAAUGGUGUAUGAGUGAAAUGAUCACUGAGGAUUGGCCAGGGACUGAAUGUCAGUCUAAAAAAUAG